AUGACUACCAACGCUCGCCAGAACGGCUAUGCCGCACCUGCGGGUAGCUACAAGGGUCAGCACAUGCUCAACGCAUACAACGGCCAAGGUCAUGGAGCACAGUACCUUCCUCGAGGUCUGCCCAUGUCUCCCAAUGGCGAUGCUGGUUUGCAAGGUCUGACGAAUACCAUGGCAGCGCUCAACAUGCAUGCCUCAUAUGGCUCGUCCGCCAACCACAAGUCUGCUGGGUCUGGUAUGUCCGGUAACUCUUCUGACUAUGGUAACCUACCCAUACCACAAGGUCAAGGUCUCUGGAUACCCAACCAGCACGCUCUCGGCUCCAUGUACCAGGUGCUUCCAGGUGGGCAGCAGGGACACUCUCCAGGCAUGUACAACCACAACGCUUCGUUCGACCCACAGGCCGCAUAUCAAUACAGUCAAGCUGUCGUUGGCCAUAGCCCCAUGGCACCUGGCUGGGCUUCUCGCAUGUCGUCUGGUGACAUGCCUUCCCUCAUGACGCCGCGACGAGACUCCAUGUCCUCCAACGAGAACGACAUCCCUGGCACACCCUUCGGCAGUGGUGGCAUGUACCGGUACGGUACUGGCGCUACCAUCAUGGAUCGCUCUCCCAGCGCCGUCUACACGAACAGCGCGACUCCUUCUCCGUCGCAGCUGGCACACCCCUAUCAGCUGAUGGCUCCCGUCCAGAAGCAGCAGGCCAUGCCCACUCUACCACCUCAUCUGCUCGCUCUGGUGCACCAAGAGCCACCCAUUCCUCGCGCAAUCCCAGCUCCCAGCUCUCCUCACAAGCCACUCGAUCGUAGCCUGGAGAACAAGACUGGCGAGACGAACGUCUACAUCCGCGGCCUCCUGCCAGAGACGACCGAUGAGAUGCUGCACGCCUGGGGCAAGCGCUUUGGCGAUAUCCAGAGCUCGAAGUCGAUCAUCGAUCUCAAGUCGAAUCUCUGCAAAGGCUUUGGAUUCAUCAAGUAUCACAACUUCGAGGAUGCUGAAGACUGCAUUCGUGGUUUUCACUACCUAGGCUACGAAGUCAGCUUCGCCCGAGAAUCAUUCUACUCCAAGCUCAAGAAGUUCUCUGAUGACGGUAAUACCAACCUUUACGUAUCCAACAUUCCCAAGAAUAUGAACGAGCAUGAACUCGCAUCUAUCUUCGCGCCACACAAGGUCUGCUCGAGCAGGAUCCUUCGUGAUCCCGAAGGCAAUGGUCGCGGUGUUGGCUUUGCCCGUUUCGAGACUCGCGACAUCUGUGACGAGGUCAUCAAGAAGUUCAACAACACCCCUGUGUCUAAGCCUAAUUGCGAGGAGCACCUCAUUCAGAUCCGCUUCUCGGAUACGCACGAGCAGAAGACGCUCAAGCAACAGACAGCAGCCGGUCGUGUCUUCCGUGCCGCUGAGUAUGAGGUCGGUGUUGCCCAGGCUAGGGCGUUGGGUACACCUGACCGCUACGACACUGUCUCCCCAGUCUCUCACAGUGCCGGAAGCGAGUUCGAGAUGUUCAUGCAGCGCGGUACUUACCGUCAGCCAUGGGCACCAGCCAUCCCUUCGACGCUUGGUACGUCUCGCCCGGCGAUGUACCAGAUGGCACAGCCAGGCGCUGUCGAUUGUGACGAGGGCGUUUCUGAGCACGGCGUCGACACCAAGACCAACCCUGCCACACCCGUCAAGGCCGAUAACAAGGUCGAAUUGCCUGCUCGCUGCGACGAGUGA